AUGGUCUUAACUAACGCCGUCUACUUCAAAGGCUUUUGGAAAUACCCGUUCAAGCCUCAAAGGACCCACAAGGACAAGUUUUUCGUAACCCCGGAAGACUAUGUCCAAGUGGAUAUGAUGACGCAAACGGGAAGGUUCAAAUAUGUGGACUCGGAGAAGCUUCACGCCCAGGUGCUGGAGAUGCCCUACAGGGGCGACGCCGUGUCCAUGGUGGUGCUCCUCCCGCGAAUGGGAGAGCCAAGGAGGUGGACAGUGCGAGGUUGCCUUGAGCAGAGGCACAGGAAGCGGGAUCGGCCGAACGAAGCCCAAGUCCCAAACACGAGGAAGGCCAUCAGGAGGAAAACUGCAAGGAACUUCAUUGUGAUCUUUUUACUGUUUAAUGAUAAGGCAGGUUUUUGGAGUAUUUUAUACCUAGGACAUGAUCUUGGGGGCCUGGGAUUUGAGGGACGACCUGGGGAACUAGAUUAUUGGGAAAGCUUUGGGAACGUCAUAUGA